CCUUGUUCGUCUGUCUGUCUUUGACACCACAGCGCCCGCCUCCGUUUGCACUGUUGCCUGCCGCCCUCCUUCCUGCUCCUGCUCGGCUCGCUACGGCUACGGGCACUGGCAUCGACAGUGACAUCCCCGCUCGCGCCGUCCUCGGUCCUCCCUUUCUUCUGCCUCUCGCUCGCGCGUGCAGUUGAGAGCGGCUCGGCAGCGCAGCGUGCGCGGACACGGCAGCGCCAGUUACUCUCUCUCUCUCUCUCUCUCUCUCUCUCUCUCUCUCUCUCCUCGCUGCUCGGCGUCCAAUUCAAUGCGCUCCUGCGCAACGGGGCAGAGCAGCGACCUCCUUCCUUCUCCACCAUUGGGUUGAGCUCCGCCACUCAAUUCAAUGCCUGUCCGCUCUUGAAGAAACGCCUCCUCCUCUCUUCUUUAACCGCCCCGUGUCAUCACUCUUACUCGUACGUGCUCGCGCACGCCGGUUUCAAUACGUCCGCUGGCCUCUGCGUGCGUCGUCUCGUCACGCAGGCAGCAAGGCGUGGAGAGGAGAAGAGGGAGGGGAUUGAAUUGAUUGAUGGGGUUGCUCCGCUGAGCUAGCUCCUCCGGCCGUCCUUCCCGUCUUCUACCUCUAGGUGGGUAUUGCCAUUGCUCGGUGGAUCGCAGUGGGAGAUGAAUUACCUCCGGAGCCGGAGCCUGAAGCGGCUCCUGUCCCUCGGCCGCCGGAGCAACGCCGAUGAGUGCGCCGAGGAGUGCGUCGACGUCGACCCGCCGCCGAACAAGCCCACCUGGAGGUGCUUCUCGUACGAGGAGCUCAACCAGGCCACCAAUGGCUUCCACCAAGACAACAUGGUGGGCAAGGGCGGGUACGGAGAGGUCUACCGCGGGGUGCUGGACGACGGCCGCGCCGUCGCCGUGAAGCGCCUGGCGCCGACGGCCGCGGCGGACGAGAAGAAGGAGAAGGACUUCCUUACGGAGCUGGGCACGGUGGGCCACGUCCGCCACCCCAACGUGUCCGCGCUCCUGGGAUGCUGCGUCGACCGCGGCCUUCACCUCGUCUUCCACUUCUCCACCCGCGGCUCCGUCUCCGCCAACCUCCACGACCUGAAGCUGCCGGCCAUGUCGUGGAAGCAGCGGCACGGGAUCGCCGUCGGCACCGCGCGGGGGCUGCGCUACCUCCACAAGGGCUGCGCGCGCCGGAUCAUCCACCGCGACAUCAAGGCGUCCAACAUCCUCCUCACCGCCGACUACGAGCCUCAGAUAUCGGACUUCGGCCUCGCUCGGUGGCUGCCGUCGGAGUGGACGCACCACGCCAUCGCGCCCAUCGAGGGCACCUUCGGGUGCCUGGCGCCGGAGUACUUCACGCACGGCAUCGUGGACGAGAAGACGGACGUGUUCGCCUUCGGCGUCUUCCUCCUCGAGCUCAUCUCCGGCCGGAAGCCGGUGGACGGCUCCCACAUGAGUCUCAUCGCGUGGGCCAAACCUUACCUGAGCGACGGCGUGGUGCAAGGGCUCGUGGACCCGCGGCUCGGCGACGGCUACGACGGCGGGCAGCUGAGGCGGCUCAUGUUCGUCGCGUCCCUCUGCGUCAGGGCCGCCGCCGUGUGGCGCCCGACCAUGACACAGGUGGUGGAGCUACUGGAGUCCGGCGAGAUUUCUCAAGAGCAGUGGCAGAUGCCCGAGGAGGAGGAGCAAGACGAGCUGUGGGACUUCGACGAUCUCGACGACUUCGACGAGGACGACUACGACGACGAGUCCGAUUCCCCCUCGAUCUCCUCGUCGGCAUGCAGCAUCCACCCCGAUGAUUAGCCCCAAAAUACUUGCGCGUGUCAGUAGAUUAUUAUCGUUGUUAUUAUUCAACCUGCUGAUACGGUCCUUGAUUGUAUCGGUGUGUACAUACACCAUCCAUCCCUAGUAGAGAAUAGUAAUAUGAAAAUCCGGGAG